UAGCUUCUACAGAAGGAUUGUCCGGCAGAAUGUCUAGGUCACUGCCGGCCGGAGUGACAACCUUGAAUCGGUAACCCCUAUAGAGUAGUUUAUUAGGAUGCUACAUAUCCAUAUACAUACAUCUAACAGCCAUCAUGUCCUCAUCCUACAGUCUUGCCAUAUUUUCAUAACAUACUAACAUUGAUAUAUGCCUAUGUUGAGUUUUGAGUUGACGAAAAAUCUAUGUAACACCAUAUAACUACCUAGGUAUCUAGUAUCUUACAUCCUUAUAUACCUAUUUUCUUAAUAUAGACCGUCGACAUGUCUGAUUAUAGAGAUAUACGCAUCUCCAUCAUUGGCGCCGGCAUGGGUGGCCUGGCCUGCGCGCUUGCCUUCGCAAAGAAAGGGUUCAAACAUGUCGACGUCUACGAGACGGCCUCGAACUUAGGAUUCGUCGGUGCUGGCAUUCAGCUGGCCCCCAACAUGGCCAGAGUCUUGGAUCGCUGGGGCUGCUGGGAUGGCAUCCUCGCAGAAGCUACCAACAUCAAAGCCUCCAGCAUCCGCGAGGGGUCCACAAACCGUGAACUCGUCCAUGUCGAGAUGCCUGACAUUGCCGAGAAGUACGGGUAUCCGCAUUGCACGGGACACCGUGCCUCAUUGGCAGGUGGGUUAUAUGAUGGGUGUAAGAAGGAGCCCGCCAUCACCUUCCAUUUCUCGUCGUCGCUGCUAGAUGUAAAGUCUUUCAGCUUGGAUAAGACGGUGUUUACCAUACAACCGCGCAAUGGAGAGCCCUACGACGUGGAGACCGAUGUCCUGCUCGGCGCCGACGGUAUAAAAUCUACUGUUCGGUCUGCGCUCUUGCGCACCCUCGACAUCCCUGCCGAUGUGGAAGAUACGGGCCAAGCCGCUUAUCGGAUCAUGUUGACGCGAGACCAGAUGAAGGAUGACCCAGAAUUGCUCGAGCUCCUUGACUCCGAUGUCGCACUGCGAUGGAUUGGUGAGAAGCGCCACAUUGUAGCAUACCCAAUCAGCAACAAGACCAUCUACAACCUGUCGACCUGCCAGCCAGACGUCAACUUUGCCGCCGCGCCCAGCGUCACCUACACAACGCGCGGCAGCAAACCCGAAAUGCUGAGGGUCUACGCCGACUUCGGACCCACUGUCCAGAAGAUGCUGAACAUGGUGCCCGACGGCGAAGUAUGCGAGUGGAGGUUACGGUCGCACAAGCCCCUGGAGAGCUGGAUCCUGGGCACCGCGGCCCUCGUCGGCGACGCCUGCCACCCCACGCUGCCGCACCUUAGUCAGGGCGCCGCGAUGGCGAUCGAGGACGCCGCCGUGCUCGCCGAGGUCGUGAGCCAGGCGCCCGGCGGCGGCGCAGACCGGGACGCCCUGUCCAAGGCCCUCAAGGUCUACGAGCUCCUGCGCAAGGAGCGCACGUCGAUCCUGGUCGAGCUGGCGGCGUCCUCGGCGCGGACGUUGCAUCUGGGCGAGGGCAAGGCCAAGGAGGAGCGGGACAGGCAGUUCUUGAACGCGAAGAAGGGGGCCCCGAUCCCAGACAAGUGGGCCAGCCCCGAGGUGCAGCACAUGAUCUACUCGUACGACUGUGUCGCGGAGGCUAGGGAGCUGUUCGAUCAGCUGUACGGGACGCUUGCUACUACCCCGAGCGAGCCAACGAGCGGCCGCACUAACGGCCAUACGAACGGGUAUGCCCAGGCCGUCGCAGCAUAGGUAGCAUAGAAGAGGGAAAUGAAUGAGUGGUUGGUCUGACAUAUGAUAUACUAUCGCAUUGUAGAGCCUAGCUUUAGAGAUCAAGACAAGCACACACACACACACACACACACACACACAAGCAAACAUACGCAC